UGUCAGUGGCUAACCUUUGAAACAAUGCAAACCUCUAUUUUUACUGAGCAGGAGUGGCUUAUGGUAUUUCUAAGCUUCCUAAGAGUUUGCAUACAAUUGACAAAUGCUGGCUAUUUUAAUCUUUCUGGAGGACACAUGACGAGAUCUGCUGUAUGACUACAGGUUAUUCACAUUUCUUCUGCAUUUAAGGAUUGGAUUUAAUACAUUAACAUCAUCAUGAACUCAAUGAGGGAAGUUGAUCUGGAUACAUACAGUCUGUCUUUACUUACGGCAAAAGAAGACAUCCUGAAUCCACGCUCGUCAACAAACUGGGCUUUAUUCACCUAUGAUGGAAUAAUGAACAGGCUCAAACUGGCUGAUUCUGGAGCAGGUGGAUUGAAAGAGUUGACAGCUAAGCUUCACCCUAAACGGCCACUUUAUGGGAUGUGCAGGGUGGGCAAAGCUCAACCCCGCAUCGCUAUGAUAUUAUGGGUAGGAAAUGAAGUAGAUGGGUACCGCAGAGCUGAGUGUGCCAGUCAUUUACCAGCAAUCAGGGCCUUCUUUAAGGAAGUUCACAUCUUUCUUCCUGCCCACACUUUGGAUGAAAUCACAGAAGAGAGGAUCUGUACACUGGCCUAUAAUGCUGCAGUGGUGACACAGGGGCCGAGAGGGAGACCCGGCCACCGGACAGAAGACAGAGAGGCCAUUGUGGGCACUAAUUACAAGCGGACAAUUGCAGCUGCAGAGAUCCAAAGAAUCCAGAGAGAUUCUUUUUGGGCACAAGCAGAGAGAGAAGAGGAGGAAAGGAAAAAGGAGGAACAGAGGAGGGCAGCAGAGGACAGGAAGCAGAGAGAGAAAGAACGAUUGCUCCAGGAAAGGAUAGAGGCAAUAGAUAGAGCGAGGAGGAUGAAUGAAAAAGAACAGAAAAUAAAGGAGCGGAGGAGGAUACAGGCCCAAAUGGAGGCAGAGGCCCAGAAACUGGAGAAAAUAAAAUGGGAGCAUGAGGAAAGGGAGCAUGAAGAGGAAAUUAGAGCUAGAUAUUCCUGCUCUCAAUCAGAGGAAAAGGCUGAGGAGGCAGCAUCUCUGGUAUCUCAGCGUGCUGUAAAUCCCAGAGAGUUUUUCAGACAACUGUCCUCCUCAAGUGUCCACACAGCGUCCCAUCCCAGCUCCAGUUGUCCAGUAAUGAGUCCCUAUAGACGACUACAUCGAAGUCAGACGGACAAUAUCUUCAGCUUCAAUAAAUCACCUUCUUCUACACCUACACCCCCGUACAGAUCAUCAGCAGCAUCGCCUUACUUUCCAUUGACUCCCACAUCCCCGAGCCCAAUCCUUUUCACUAGCACUACGGCUACCUCUCUGCCAAAUGGUGUAAUGGUAUCUACCAAAAGCCAGAUCCAGCAAUCUUCUCCUAAGUUGAUGGAGACACGGCCAUCACCUACAACCGAUGCAACUGAAUCUGAAAUCAAAACUCCUGUCAGUGAUAUACUAGAUAGUCUGGUCUUUUAUCCACCUCCACCAACCCCUGAGCAGCUCCAACCAGAUGAAUCAGAGAUAGCCGAUGAGUUUCCUCCACCUCCCCCUGGUUUUGUGAAACCAGAACCAUCUGUGGGCCAGCCUGAGACACUUGUCAACCCCUUAGACCCUCUUCUUCCUCCAUCAUGUGUUUUGGUAGGUGAGCUAGCCGCCAGACCACUUCCUGCUCUGUCCGUAUCUUCACGAACGCUGAAAGACCUGGAACCGGAGAAGGAUGGUACUGCUUGGGCAUCGGUUAUAUCUGCGGUUGAGGAGGAUGAAGGUAAUGAAGCAAAAGAGAUGAAAUAUGAGGGGAAAGAUCCAACUGAAGAGAUAUAUGGAGAGGGAGGGGGGCAUGAAGAAGAGAAGGGAGGCGGAGAAGAGAGAGUUGAAACCGGAGAGAUGAAAAACAGAGGACAGGAAGAACACAAUGGGAUGACUAUGGAAAAACAUAAAAGUGAAAAAGAAUCAAAUGGUAAAAUGAUGGAGAAAUAUGAGAGUGGAAAAGAACAAGAUGGGAAAAUGUUGGAAGAAUGUGAGAGUGAAGAAAAACAAGAUGGAAAUAUUAUGGAAGAACGUGAGAGGGAAGAAGAUAAAGUUGGGGAAAUUGUGGAAGAACUUGAGAGUGGGAAAAUUAUGGAGGAAAAAGAAAGUGAAAAAAUACAACAUGAAAAAAUGAGCUUAGAGUGUGUGCUAGAAAAAGAGCAAAAUAGGGAAAUUAUAGGUAAACAUGAGAAAGAUGGGAAAGAAUUGGAAGAACAUGAAAAUGAAAAAAAUAUGGAAGAACAUGAGCAAGACAGGAAAAUUGUGAAUGCAUUUGACAGUGAAAAAGAUGAGAAAAGCAUGGAAAUAUCUGAAUCUGAAAUGAUACAAUAUGCAAAAACUAUGGAAAAAUGUGGGCGAGAAAAUGGGCAAAAUAUGAAAAUUGAAGAAAAAUGUGAUGAAGAACAUGACAGUGAAAACGAACAAGCUGGGAAAGUUAUGAAAGAACAUGAGGUUGUAAAAAUACAAGAUGGGGGCAUCAUGGAAGAACAUGAAUGUGUAAAAGAACAAGACUGGAAAAUCAAUGAAGAAUUUAAGAGUGUAAAAAUACAAUAUGCAAAAAAUAUGGAAGAGUGUGGGCAAAAAAAUGAGCAAGAUGGGAAAACUGUAGAAAAAUGUGAGGAAGGACAUAAGAGGGAAAAAGAAAUUGAUAGAAAAAUAAUGGAAGAAGAUGGGAAAAAAGAAAAUCAAGAUGGAAAAAUUGUGGAUGCAUUUGACAGUGAAAAAGAACAGGUAGAGACAAGCAUGGAAGGAUUUGAGACUGAAGAAAUACAUAAAUGUGAAGAAGAACAUGAGAUUGAAAAAGAACAGAACCAGAAAAUGAUAGAAAAUUGUGAGAGUGAAAAAAUACAAGAUGGAGACAUAGAAGAACUUGAAAAAGAAGAAGGCUGGAAAGUAGUGGAAGGAUUUGAAAUGGAAAAAAUACAACAUGUGAAAAUUAUGGAAGAAUGUGGGCAAGAAAAUGAGCAAAAUAGGAAAAUUGUAGAAAAAUGUGAAAAACAUGAGAGGGAAAAAGAACAAGAGAGGAAAAUGAUAGAAGACUGUGGGAUUGAAAAAAUACAUGAUGGAGACUUCAUAGAAGAACAUGAAAGUGAAAAAGAGGAUCGGAAAGUAGUGGAAGUAUUUGAGACUGAAAAAAUACACUAUGUGAAAAUUAUGGAGGUAUGUGGGCAAGAAAAUGAGCAAAAUGGAAAAAAUGUAGAAAAAUGUGAGGAAGAACAUGAGAGUGAAAAAGAAGAUGAUGUUGAAGAACAAGAUGGUAGAAGGUUGGAAGAACAGGAUUGGAAAAUUAUAGAAGUGUUUGAAAGUGAAAAAGAACAAGACUGUAAAAUUUGGGAAAGAUAUGAAGAUGGGAAAAGUCUGGAAGAACAUGAGGGUGAAAAAGAACAGGAUCAGAAAAUGACAGAAAACUGUGAGCGUGAAAAAAUACAAUAUGGGAACAUCAUGGAGGAACAUGAAAGUGAAAACAAACAAGAUGGAAUGACGGAAAACCAGCAGGACAGACAGAACCAAGACAAUGAACGAAUGUCACAUGUUGAUGUAGACAGAGCAGUGAACGUGACUGUGCUCAGGAAAGAAGAAUCAUACACAGAAAUAAUAAAGAGGAAUGAGGCGACAGAAGUAGGUAUUGAAAAUGAGAAGGAACAGAUAGACACAACUUUAAUCCAGACAGAGGAGGCUGAUGCAGUUUUUUCCCAGCAUGCACCACUCUUUCAAGAAUCCCAUGCUGCAGAGCCAUCUCAAAUCAAUGACGCAUGUAUUCCUGAAAUCAUUUCAACCACUCAAGAUGAAAACGAGCCACAGAUGAGCUCGACUGAUACCUUGCCCCAAAUAAACGUACCAACCAUUCAGGUUGAGACAGAUCUUUCUAGUUUGAGCAAUCAAGGAGAUUCAGACAUGAAAGGGAAGACUGAAUCUGUUGACUCUCAGGCUUCCUCCGAGACCUCCAAGAACAGCCCAGACACCACAUCAGCAGAACAGACUCCUGACACAGAAACAUGUGCUACAGUGGAGGAUGAACAGACAGAAAUGCUUCAACAGGAUAAAAUUGUGGACAGCAGCAAUGAUUUGGCUGAAGGGAUCAAUACUGAGUGCAACGCAUCACCUGUAGCUGAGAAUCAAGCCAGGACUGGACAGUCAGAUACUGCAAUGGACCUAAAAUACAGUAUUACCCAUCAGCUGGAUCCAACCAAUGACAUAAGUGAUCUUGAAGAGGGAGAAGAGGCUAUAUCACUCUUAGCUAGUGACACAGAUGUGGAGCAGAACUUAAAGUGUGCUUCUGACCCUGAUCAAGUGAAUGACAUUAAACAUAAAAUUCUGCAGAACUGCGAAACCAUCGCGGAAACACUCAACGACAUGAGGAAUGAUAAAGACAGCUGAUGAAAAGUAAAGAACAUAACUGGAGACAUCAUGGGAACUCUGUAGCAUUCGUAGAGGAGCCGGUUUAUAGAAAUAUGACCAAUAGAUGUUUCUCUCAACAAAUUACUGGAGAAUAAAUAAAUUAUUCUCAUAUGUGCACAAUAAUGCAAUAUAUGUAAGUAGCAAAUGUUCAGAACUGCGUCCACAAAUGCACUCGAUAUACAAUGGGUUCCAAACGUUUGAGACCACACUGAAAAUUGGAAAACUGUAUAAAAAAAUUUAAACAUUCUUAAGAAUAUAAAACAGAAAAAAAAAUCAUGAUGUAAAAUAAAGAAGCCAUAUUUCUCAAAUCAGGCUGGAGAACAUGAUCAUCAUGACACACCAAAAACAUCAUAAAUACAUUUUUUCCAUUCAGCUUUUUAAUCAAAUUGUUAUAUUGCUAAUAUAAUUGUUUAUAUAUAAAUGCACUAUAUUAUAAAAGAAGCAUUUUCAUAAGUGGACUCAGACUUUUGUAAGCCACUGUAGGUUAUGUAUAGUUACUGAGCAUUAAUGUAUUUAUUAUUAAUUUGUCCUCUUAAGCAAAAUAAACUUGCUAGAAAUGUUGUUACUGUAUAAUGGUUCUUACUUUCCCAUAAAGAUUUCUCUGCCAUCAUCUGCCAAAAUAGUAAAUAUGAUGUUGCAGGCUAUUCAUGUGUCUUAUUCAUGUCAUGUCUUAUUUGUAUUUACAAUUUAGAUGGAGAUCUCUUCUCUAAAGUGUAUAUGUAAUGAAUCUGUUUGCUGAAUCAUCAGCUGUCCAUAUGUCUGAUUUGAGAAUUAAAUCAUAUCAGUUAACACACAGUCUGUGCAAACAUAGUCAAGAGAAUAAAAACACACUUUCACUGCAAAUACAGUACUUUAAGCAGAUGUAAACACACCAUUGGCAUUCUAAGAUUCACUGGUAUAUGUGCUUUGAAGAGAUCCUGCUGCAAUUUUGUUCAUCUGAUAAUGACGAUCAUGAGCACCUGUUGAUAGCAUAUUUAAAAUGCUUUGCACAUCUACGGCAUUUUCUGAAAACUAUCAUAAAAUAAUUUAAAUCUUGUGACUGGUUCACAGGUGAGGCGGCAUAUGUGUGGCUCAUGAGUAUUAAUCUGAUUAUGCAAAAAUGGUAUUAUAGUAUCUUUACGGUUUUGAAAAUAGUUAAUAUGAUGUACUGAUCCAGACAAGUCAAAACUGACAUGGAAACCAUAAUGUUAAAAAAAAAGAAAAAAAAAAUGCACACAUGGAAACACUGUUCACUCUUAAAAAUAAAGGUUCUUUAUUGUCAUCGGGGUCAAGUAGAACAUAGACAGGCAUUAUGCAAAUACCCUGUUAUGUGUAGUCAUGACGGAAGUGGCAUUUGAAUUACUGAUGACUCGUUUAGGCUGUUCAGAGUUGAUUUCGUCUUUUAGGAGACAAUAAUUUUAACUGUAAUUUUCACUUUCGGCUUUACAACUUGCUUACAUUCACAUACAGCUACAUUACACACUGUAUGAAAGGGAAUAUUCAAAAUGACAUAAUGGGGUACUUUAAAAUUUUCUUCACACCAAUAAAAAAAAAAGAGUUCUUUUAAAGUGUUCCCUGAAAGGUUAUUUGGGGAACCCAAAGCAAUUAUUCUACGGUGUUGCUGAACCUCACAUACAUCCCUGCUGCAAGAUAUUUCAUUCAAUUGUGGGGACAAAAUCAGCUAUUGCAACAAGUGAAAAUGGCAUAAAUCACCCCUUAUGCAAGGAAGCAUUUCAAGCAUGGCAUGUUUUUUUAAACAUGUUUGUCCAUGAUCUAUGUGAGCGUUUAAAGUAAGAUGGCAAAGAAUGAGAACUGUUGACAUUUGAGGAAAAAAAAGGUCGGGAAAAAAAAGUAAAAGAAACAUUUCUUGAAAAACGAUGCUUGCAGGAAACUGCUCACAGUCUAGUUGCUAAUCAAGAUCUGAGAAUGAAAUGAGGAAAUUCGCAUUUUCAAGGGAAUUUUUUCAGAAUGUCCAAUUAAGUUUCCUAACAAA